AUGGAACUUCCAGAUCCCUAUCUACCUGGAGCUGUUUCAUUAUUAGAUUCAUUAGGAAAAAAAGUUAUUGUUCAACUUCGUGAUGAUGAGACAACAGAAAGAAUUUAUGUAGAUAAAUGUUAUGGAGAUAUACCAAGAGGUGUUUUUCUUAUUCGUGGUGAAAAUGUUGUAUUGACUGGGGAAAUUGAUGAAAGUAGACAAGUAGAUUUAAAAGAAGUAGAUGUUACAGAAAUUUUAUGUAUGCAACAAGAAAAAAUUGAGGAGAAAAAAGCUGAGUUUGAGAGACGUGCCAAGAUGUUAGCAGAAAAAGGACAUUUAAUUGGUGAACAACAGAUAAGGGGAAGUGAAUUAAUGUUGGAAGAUACGUAUUAA